AUGAGGAUUUCACUUGCGUUGCUUGUGGUUGGUUUUCUGGGCUUUGUGACUUGUAAAAAGACUUUCGAAGGGGACCAGGUGGUUUCUUUGUUUCCCAAAACCAACGAACAUAUUGAGUUCAUCCAAUCAUUGGAAGACACAAUAGAUUUGGUGGAUUUCUGGAGUCCGAAAUAUGCAAACAAUGUGCAGACUCACAAAUCGGUUGAUAUCAGAUUUCCCAGAGAGAAUUUGGAAUAUUUGAAAGGAUUGGUAGAAGAACAUGGAAUCGAAUACGAGGUAAAAAUUCCAGAUGUUCAAGAAUUGAUUGACAAUCAAGUCAAGGGAAGAAAAAAUUUGAAAGAUUCUUCGACUUACAACUACAACGUCUAUCAUCCUAUCGAAGAAAUUACAUCUUGGACGCAAGAAAUUGCAGCAGCCUAUCCAUCACUAGUUACGUUAUCAGUUCUAGGAGAUUCGUUUGAAGGAAGAAAUAUUCCAAUGUUAACGAUUUCCACCAACAAAGACAAUCCUAGACUGUUUCUCGACUGUGGAUUUCAUGCUAGAGAAUGGAUAUCACCAGCGUUUUGUCAAUGUUUCACAAGAAAUUUACUGAAAGGCUAUGGAAGUGAUCCGGUAUUCACUAAACAACUCAAUAAACUGACAUUUCAUAUUGUGCCAGUUGUGAACGUCGAUGGAUACGCGUAUUCUUGGACUGACCAACGAUUAUGGAGAAAAACACGUUCAAACUAUGGAACCCGAUGUAAUGGAACAGAUCCGAAUAGAAACUGUAAUGCAUAUUGGGGAGGACCUGGCUCAUCUCCAAAUCCUUGUUCGGAUAUAUACUAUGGACCGGCAAUGGAAUCAGAAAUAGAAGUCCAUGCUUUGGCCAAUUUCAUUCGAGACAACGCGCAAACUAUUGCGGCCUACAUUACCGUGCACAGCUAUUCGCAGAUGAUAAUAUAUCCGUAUUCGUACACCUAUGAACUAUCCGCAACGCAUAAUGUCUUGGAUAAAUACGCCAAACAAAUGAAAGACGCGAUCUACAAUGUUUUCAGCAAAGAAUAUACAUACGGAUCUGGAGCUGGACUUCUAUAUGCAGCUGCAGGAGGAUCGGAUGACUUUGCUUAUGAUGCAGGAGUUCCUUUAUCGUAUACUUAUGAACUACGUGAUACCGGUGAAUACGGGUUUCUGCUUCCCGAAAAUCAGAUUGAAGAAACAUGUGUUGAAACCACUGCUGGGAUGAAGGCAAUUGCAGACGGUGCUUUGGAGUUGUGGCAUAAUAAGCUCAAUGAGUAAUAAUGUUUCAUCGAAAGAUUUUGAUAUACAGCGUGCAAUUCGAA